AUGCGAACUUCGACAUUCAGUGGUAUGCGGUACUUUGGCACGUUUAUUGAUGACUACUCGCAUUUUACCAGGGUGUAUUUGCUACAAAACAAGUCAGAAGUUGCCAACAAGUUUGCUGAUAUUGUUGCCUUCGCCGAAACACAAACUGGCAACGUUGUGAAGGCGAUUCUUUGUGAUAAUGGUGGCGAGUACAAGUCAAGUGAGAAGACCAAGCUCUUUUUGCGCCGCGGCAUUGAGCAAAAUUUCACGCCGCCAUAUACACCGCAGCUUAAUGGAGUUGCUGAGCGCAUGAAUAGGACGUUGGUGGAAUGUGCUCGUUGUACGCUUGAGCAAGCAAAAUUGCCAAAAACGUAUUGGGGUGAAGCUGUCAUGACUGCCAAUUUUCUGCGAACUCAAUGCCCAACGCGCAGUAUACCCUUUAAUCACCAUACCAAGCCUGGACUGGAAGGAAGCUGGUGUUGGCAAACCCAAAACUAUUUGGUUGUCAUGCUUUUGUGA